CAGCCGGUGGCUUGCGUCCCGGGACAUGCAUGUUUCAGUCGAGGGAUGUCCGUCCAAUCGUCACAUGGAGCGAUGGUGCGUGUUGGCAAGCCCGUGGGAGAUGCGAUGCCGGAGAAGAAGUGGUCCAGAACAGGAUACAAGGCGUAGGCACGUAGCCUCUGCAACCAAGUAGUGCAUACUCGCCAGCUACAUUUCUCAGCGACGCAACAAGUUAUUCAAGAGAAAUCAGUCAUGGCCGCCACCGCUGCCAUCGCCGGCCGCGCGUACGAGGACUUCGUGCCGCCGCACAACAUGGUCACCGAGCCGGCGACCCACACCCUCUCCGUCGAUCUCACCGCCGCAGGGUACAAGAAGGAGCACAUCAGGGUGCAGCUGGUCCGCAGCCACGGGCUAGUGGUUGUGCGCGGCGAGCGCGCCGUCGCGGGCAACCGCUGGAGCCGCUUCCGCCUGGAGUUCGGCGUGCCCGGCGGCUGCGACCUCAAGGGCAUCCACGCGAGGUUCGAGGGCGGCGUCGUGCGGGUCACCAUGCCCGGGCUAAGGACCGCCGCGGUCGGCGACGUCUCCGGCAAGCAGGUGCCCCCGGCGGCCAAGGCUGAUGCUUCCGGCGUUCGAGCAGGAGAUAAGGAAGAUGAGAACGUGCAGAAACAGCCGGCGGAGGAGCGCGGGGCCGACGAGGUGAAAGAUAGUGGCCGCCUUGAUCAAGGACAAGGUACCCCUGCCGACGGCGUCCGGGGAGUGGAGUCGCCGGCGACGGCGUCAGGCCGCGGAUACAGCUACCUCCCUGAACGGAGAAAGCUUGUGACCACCGUGGUUGGCGCGGUGCUCGUCCUGUUUAGCCUUGGCAUCUACGUCAGGUACAGCUUCGGCCCAUGAGCCGAGGCAAGGGGUGUUGACUACUCGACGUCAGAUGAGCGAUGAGCCUAAACGAUUUGGCGCCAAAACGUUGUGCAAGUGCGAUAGUGCUAAGCGAUGCUCGGGUUGACUCAAUUGUAUCCUAAACCUAAACUACAGCUGCUUAAGAUUCAUGAAUCAUGACGGCUUCGUUAA